AUGGGAAAUGUUGAUAUGGCGCCACGUGAGAAGGCGUGUUUCAAGGGGCAUGCCUUCCAAGCUCUGGUUGACUGCUUUCAUGUCUUGCGUAAGAGUGAUCCUCCAUUCGUCCCGCCUGCAAUAUUUAUCAAGCAAGGACUUACUUCAUUUGUGACAUUUGUAGUUACCCAUUUCAAUGAUCCGAGGAUAUCAAGUGCAGAUUUAAAGGAUCUUCUUCUCCAGUCAAUAUCAGUCUUGGUGGAGUACAGAGAGUAUUUGGCAGCUUUUGAAAACAAAGAAGUGGCCAAACAGAGAAUGCCAAAGGCAUUAUUGUCAGCAUUUGAUAACCGAUCUUGGAUUCCGGUUACAAAACAUUAUUUUACGUCUCUGCAAAGGUUAUGGGUUUGGUUCUUCAAAGCAUCAUCCUCAGUUAUUUUCAGGUGA